AUGCUUCAGGCAACAUUUGAAGUUGCUCGACACCAAAUGAAAGCACGGGCACUAAAAGGCCCAACAAGAACAACGCAAUUGACCUCUACGCUUCGGGACUUUCUCCGAAGCCAAGGUAACGGCACGGACAGGAAGAUGUACGAGAGCGUCUUUGACGAAGUUCCGGAGCGAUUCGCUCUUGGGGGAAGGGGGGGUCGAGGGCUGGCGCAAUCAGCAGGAAGGAAGGGUCGCAGUAUCCGGCGAUGCCUUUGUGAGGAGUCCUUGCAGAUCCCGCAUGGGAACUGGCUGAGCACCGGAGCGGGGUGUACGCAUUACCGAUUACCAAUUUGUGAUAUCUAGUAAGCCCUUCUGCAGUUCCGAUUCGUUGACAAUAUCUUCCGGGCCCACAAAUCCGGGGCGAAGUACUAG